UAUCGACCGACGGAACUUCUACCGAAUUGUUCCCUCCAUGAACGGCAUAAUGUCGGAAAAGUUCGCCAUCAAACUAAUGCGUGAAAUUCAUAACCCCAAGAAUCCGCUCGUAUUCCUGGAGGUGCAAAUCGGCGAGGAGAGAGUUGGAAGACUGGUGAUUGAGCUGCGUGCCGAUGUGGUUCCGAAAACGGCGGAGAAUUUCCGUGCUCUCUGCACCGGCGAGAAGGGACUGUCGGAAUCGACUGGUACUCGGCUGCACUACAAGGGCAGCCCAUUUCACAAGGUGAAGUCGCUGUUUAUGUCCCAAGGAGGAGAUAUUGUGAAUUUCAAUGGAUCCGGUGGCGAAAGUAUCUACGGGAAGACGUUUGACGAUGAGAACUUCACUUUGCUGCACGAAGAUGGAGCGGUUAGUAUGGCCAAUUUAGGUAAGCCGAACACAAACAAUUCGCAGUUCUUCAUCACUUCCGGCGAGUGUCCCCACCUGAAUGAAACGCACGUGGUGGUGGGAUAUGUCAUCAAAGGGAUUGGAGUGAUCGGAGAGAUGGAGAAGUAUGCUUCCGACGAAGGAAUGCCGACAAUGCAAAUCAAUAUCGUUGACUGUGGCCAGAUUGCACCAGAGGAGGAUUGGGGCAUAAACGAUGAUGACGAGACCGGGGACAAGCUUCCUCCCUUUCCGAAAGAUUGGUGCAAAUUUGAGGAGACUUUCACGAUUCUUGAGAUGCUGGAUCACCUCGACCGUAUCAAAGCAGCAGGAAAUUAUUUCUUCAAGGAAAAACAAUGGGUGGAGGCGUGUCGGCGGUACAAGAAAGCCGAACGUUACUUUAACUUUUUCAACAACAACAUUAGUAUGAUCGAGGAUCGCACCAAACUGGAGCAGUUCCACCUGAUGAACUGUCUCAACCUGGCGGCCGCUCUGCUCAAGCUAAAAGACUACGACAAUGUCCUGUUUGCUUGCAACUCUGCUCUGGUGCUGGAUCCAAUCAAUGCCAAAGCCUUGUUUCGGCGAGGCCAGGCACACCACAAGUUGAAAAACUAUGAACUGGCCAUAUUAGAUCUGACCCAGGUGGUGCAGCAGAUUCCCAGCGAUAAGUUGGUCUUGACCGAACUCAGCCAAGUGAAAGCCAAACUAGGGGACUACCGGGCGCAACAGCGAAUCGCACUAACCAAGUACUUUAACUGAGAUUGUAUUUGUUACUCGUUCGUGUUGCCAGUGACGGUCUGUUUACAAAUUGUGCUGUGAAAAUUGGUGUUAUUGUUUCGACACAAAUAAAAGGGGAU